GUUUUUAUAUGGCGCCCAUGUCUGAGCUGUAUAGAUUGUCAAGCCGCGUUGCAGUGUAGUUUUAACGCAUCCAAACGCUUUGAGAAAAAAAUCUAUCAUUUACAUACAACAUUUUGAAGAGUUUUGCAACGAAAAUGUCGGUAUAUAUGGAUCUAAACAUAAUCGCAAUCAGCGACAAGACAAAACUGCAGAACAUUAUAGAAACAGCUGCUCACCUUGGUUACUCCACAGUUGCAAUAAAUUAUGUAGUGGAACCACAGCAAAAGAAACAGCAAAUUCCUAAGCCACUAUCUGUUUCAGAGCUGUGUGAGAAACUCCCCAUAGUUCAGGGGAAAUCCAGACCAAUUAAAGUGCUGAACCGGUUGACUGUGGUGGCCACUGAUGCCUCUCACUUUAGGCCGUCCAAUGAAUACAAGAACUUUGACAUUUUGGCUGUGUUUCCCAAAACAGAGAAACUCUUCCAUGCUGCCUGUAUGACGUAUGAUGUGGACAUCAUCUGUAUAGCAGCGACCGAAAAACAGCCUUUCCAUUGCAAAAGGUCCCCAAUAAAUGGGGCAAUCGAAAGAGGAGUGUUUUUUGAGAUAAGCUACACAGCGGCCAUCAGAGACUCCACUAUGAAGAAAUACACAAUCACUAAUGCUAUCAACCUCGUGGAUGUGUGCAAGGGGAAGAAUGUCAUUAUGGCGAGUGGAGCGGAGACAGCUCUCGAGUUGCGUGGCCCGUACGACAUCGCCAAUCUUGGGCUGGUGUUUGGCCUUUCUGACGGGGACGCUAAAGCUGCAGUCUCCACAAACUGCCGAUCUGUUGUCCUGCAUGGAGAGACCCGUAUGACAGCUUUGGGGAUUAUUCACGUGAAAAAGAAGAGCCAUCCACCCAGUGAGCAGCCAGAUGAAGCUUCUCCAGCUUUAAAGAGAGCCAAAACCGAAGCACUUUAGUUCAGAUUUCAAGUCGCAUUGUAACAGCAGUGUUUUUAUAAUUUUGUUGUUGUUUUUUGUUGAGUCUACAGUAUUCAUUCACACUGUGGUCAGUUUCAGGAACUGCUGCCUCUGUAUUGAAUCAGAGCUGACAUUAUUGAUCCUCUGAUGUGUUUUAUGCCUGUGAUAUUGAUGGACACAACACUGAUACAAGCACAUGGAAAUGCUUUGAAUCAUGCAGUCAUUACUCUUGCGAUAUGUCAGCUCGUAGCAGACGUUUGCAGAGAGGAUCAGUAUCUGUGCAUAUACUGGAUACGUAUCUCAAAUGUAUAAGAUAAUAAACCAUGAAACUGAUGUUUUGGUUUAUAUUCUGUUAUUUUGGUCAGCUAUAAAUAAAUACCAUGAAACCAA